AUGUCGGGCGCUUGGGUCACCUUCGACGACGAGCCGGCCUUCCGCGCCCCCCGGCAGGCCACGGAUGCCCCCCGAGGAGACCCCACGCCCCCCGCUGCCUCAGUUUCCCCACAUCCGCCCGACACGGGCCUCGCUCCCCGGGGCCUGGUGACCGCUCUGCCCCUCCCAGAGGGCCACGCUCCGUCCGGUCAACCCUCGCCCGACUCCGGCCUGGCUCGGGGCCGGGAAACGGGGCCUGAACGACGGGGCCCGGGCCCGACCCCGGGUUCGCCCUCGCCCGCGUACCGGAGGCCGGAGCGGCUCCGGGCCUCGUCCGAGCCGCCCGGCCCGGCCUUCGUGCCCCGCUCGCUCUUCCGCCCCGGCGGGAAGUCCGGCUGGGCCCUGCUGCUCCGCAUCCCCGAGAAGAAGAGCGCGAUGUCGUCGCGCCAGUGGGGGCCCAUCUUCCUGCGGGUGGCGGGCGGAGGCGUCCUGCAGCUGUUCUACGCCCGGGGCCUGGAGCGGCCCUUCCGAGAGCUCCGGCUCGGGCCCCGCUGCCGCCUGUCCGAGCCCACGGUGGAGCGCGGCGGGCCCUCCGGCCCGGUCCACGCGGUCAAGCUGGAGCGCGUGACCUACUCCGAGCGACGCCGGGGCCGGGCCGCCCGCGCCGUCCACGCCGCCCAGCUGCUCAAGGUGGCCAGCCCCGACCACGAGGAUUUCCUGGACUUCCUGGGCGCCGUCGAGGAGGAACUGGUCAAGCUGCCGCCCGCCCCGGCCGCCCCCCGCCCCGCCAGGCCGGACGAGGAGCGGGAGAUGUUCCUGGAGCUGGACGACCGCGUCUGGGCCGCGGUCCGGAGGGACGGCGGGGUGGCCGAGGCGGCCGUGGUGACGCGGGUGAGUUGCCUCUGCUUCCUGAACGCCGGGGACGAGUGCUUCCUGGCGCUGGCCGGCCCCCGGCCGGUGGCGGGGCCGGGCGGCCUCCACGUCCACCCGUGCGCCCGGGCCGCGGACGCCGCCGUCCCUCCGGCCGUCCGCUUCUCCCCGCCGGACGCCUGCCGCUUGGAGCUCAUGCGCUUCGGGACGGCCCCGGCCGGGGCGGCCCUGCCGCUGACCCUGCGGGCCCGGGUGGCCGUGCGGGGGGCCCGCGUCGAGCUGAGGGCCUCCGUCCGCGCCGGCCCCUCGCCGGCCUGCAGCCACGUGGCCGUCCAUUUCCCCGUCCCCGCCCGCUGGGACCAGGCCCUGGGCCGGCCCGGCUCCCUGAGGGCCAGGGUGAACCGCGGGGCCUGCCUGGGGGCCCGGCGGGAUCCGGACUCGGAACCCGUGGUCCGGGCGACCGUGGGCACCGCCCGCUACGAGGGGGCCUACGGGGCCGUCGUCUGGAGGAUCGAAAAUCUCCCGGACGAGGACUCGGCCCCGGACCACCGCCACGGCCUGCUCUGCCGGCUGGAGCUCGGCUCCGACCAGGACCUCCCGGAAGAUUGGUCCCCCUUCGCCAGCGUGCGGUUCGUCACGCCCGACGUGUGCGCCUCGGGCACCGAGGUGCGGGCCCUGGGCACCGACGGCGACCUUCAGCCCCAGAAGCACGUGGUCAGGAACACGCGCUACCACCUCCAGCCCAUUCUCUACAGAUCUGUCAUCGAGGACGUCAUUGAGGGGAUGCGAGAGCUUUUUGCCGAAGAAGGGGUCGACGAGCAGGUUCUGAACGACUUGAAGCAGCUCUGGGAAACCAAAGUUGUGCAGUCCAAAGCGAUGGAAGGAUUUUUCAGAAACACCCUGCACACCCCUCUGACACUGCAGUUGCCACCCAACCUGCAUCAGACCUUGUCAUCUUUGGUAAUCCCUGCCGGGAGAAGCAUUUCCAGUUUUACCGGCGAACUGGGCCCCUCGAGUAGCAGCAUCCACUCGACUCUUCCUGCGGGGAUCGGUUAUCCCAUUCACGUCCCGGCCGGGGUGACGCUGCAGACUGCAUCCGGGCAGCUGUACAAAGUGAACAUCCCCGUCGUGGUGACCCAGGCCCCGGAGGGCGGUGGGCUCCUCCAGCACCCGAUCCAGACGAUGUUCCAGCGGCUCGGCCAACCCCAGGUGGCCGUCGGGGCCGAGCUUCAGCUCCCGGACGCCCGGUUCUGGCCGCCCCCGUGGGGGCUGGGAGAAGGGAAGGCCUCCGAAGGGGCCACCGGUGACGCCCCGGCUCCACCGCCAUCUGAUGUCGGAGGGGCCGGGACUCCCGCCGCAGAGCCCGGGUUCCCGGGGAUGGCGGUCCCCUGGGCCGUGGCAGGCCCGCAGGCCUCUGGGCCGCACCGGGAGGCCGACGAUGGAGGUUGGCUUCCAACUCCUCGGCAAAGCGGGGAUGAAUUCCCCCGAGGGGAGCGGCUGCGUCCCCCUGGGAUGGUGCCCGGUGGCCCCCGGGGCUCGGAAGAGGUGUCCCCCAGCGAGCCGGGCAUCAUCCAGGUGGACGGGGCGGGGGACGCGUGGUCCGGCGGGGCCGUGGGCAGCGUGGAAGAGGCCGACGAGAACGAGUUCCUGGGCAUAAUGAGCGCGGAGGACCUGAAGGCCCUGGACGAGGAAGGGGACACCGCUUCCAACGGAGAUUCCACCAGUGGAAGCAGCAGCAGCAGCGACGGCGGCGAGCAAGAGGACCCCCAGCUGGACGUCGUGGAGGAGGACCCGUUGAACUCCGGGGACGACGUCAGCGAACAGGAUGUGCCGGACCUGUUCGAGACGGACAACGUGAUCGUGUGUCAGUAUGACAAGAUCCACCGAAGCAAAAACAGAUGGAAAUUCUACUUGAAAGACGGUGUGAUGUGCUUUGGGGGCAAAGAUUAUGUGUUUGCGAGGGCCACUGGAGAUGCGGAGUGGUAAAGUGUGUGUGUGUGUGUCUGUGUGUGCAUCAACCCUCGCUUUAGCCAAGGCCAAGAUGCUCUUUGAGCAACCUAGAUGGAGUCUAUCCCCCAAAAUUGUUUUAAAUAAAGUCGCCGAGUGCA